UUCAAUUCCCACUUCCCCUUCUACUUCUGCGCGGAAUUUUUGGCGAUUUUGACGACGCCCAGCUGGAGCUCUUGCGAACUGCUAAUUAAUGCUCAGUCGUGAAGUGAAAAGCCAAAAAGUGAAGCUGGGAAACCUCUUAAAUUAUUAUAUUUAAGCCAUUAAAAAGGUCUGGGCCAACCCAAGUCUAAACCAAGAGCCAAGCCGUGAGACGCCAGUGGAAGUCGCAGUCGUAGUCCACCUCUCGUGGCACCCCCUGAACCUGAACCGCCACCCUCUGUGCAGCCUCCGCUCUGCCCAGCUCAGCUCAUUUGACUGCGAGCGUGAAAGUAAAAAGCAUCUGGACAGUGGACAGUGGAUAGUCGAACGUCGACCGUCGACAGUCGACACCAGCAUCAUCAGGAUACAGCGAGUCUCUCUCUCUCCAUCUCUCAAGACAAAGACAUCUGGCUGCUGAGGGUCAGUCAUGCGGACGAUGAGCAGCAGCUGAGCAGCAGCUGCCCGAGGAGCAGGCAGCGAGAUCCACGAGAUGAAGCAAUCACAGUCGUCACAGUCGUCACAGCAUCAGCUGGCAAACGCCCUGGCCCUGGCCUUGCUCCUGCUUCUGCUGAUCUUUCCCAGCAGCUCAAGGCAGUUUGAGACGGAUUGCGGCUGUCGUCCGUCGUCACGGCGAGGACCUCGAAUCAUAUCUGGUGCGACGACAAACGAGGGCCAAUUUCCCUGGCAGGCAUCGCUGGAGCUGCUGCAUCCGUCCCUGGGCUUCCUGGGCCACUGGUGCGGAGCCGUGCUCAUCCAUCAGUACUGGAUACUGUCCGCCGCACAUUGUGUGCACAAUGAUCUCUUUAAUCUGCCCAUUCCGCCGCUGUGGACCGUGGUGCUGGGGGAGCACGAUCGGGACGUGGAGUCGGGCAACGAGCAGCGCAUACCCGUCGAGAAGAUUGUGAUGCAUCAGCGCUACCACAACUUUCGGCACGACGUGGUCCUCAUGAAGCUGUCCAAGCCGGCAGAUCUCACUCGUGCCUCCAACAUUAGACGCAUUUGCCUGCCCUUCAUGCUGGCCGAGUCGCAGCCAGAUGAAACGGCAACCGUAGCAGCAGCCACAGCAGCAGCGAGCGAGGAUGUGCUCAGCCAGCAGCUGGAACUGGAGGAUGUGCCUGAGAAGAUUGACAACUUUCUGCGCAGCGUACAGAGCAGAAGGCGCUAUCGGAAUGUGACUUCGCCGAGUAUGAGGGAGCUCAUGAACAUGAAGAUUCUCAGCCGAAUGCGACAGGCUUUGGCACAACGCUCCUCCCCGCGAAGCCUGAGGCGUACCCGACGACGCAACGACAAGCUGAUGAAGCUGGACCCCAGACCUGCUGACGGGGAAUCAGUGGAGCAGAAAUAUCUCAAGACAAAUGGGGAGCUGGACAUGGAUCCGCGCGAGAUGGCCUUCGUGGACUGUGUGGCCACAGGCUGGGGAAAGGCCAACAUCAGCGGAGAUUUGUCCAGUCAGCUGCUGAAGACGCAAGUUCCUCUACACCAGAAUGGCAGGUGCAAGGAUGCCUACGGCAGCUUUGUGAACAUCCAUGGCGGCCAUCUAUGCGCCGGCAAGCUGAACGGUGAGGGUGGGACUUGUGUGGGCGACUCCGGCGGACCGCUGCAGUGUCGCCUCAGCCACAACGGACCCUGGAUAUUGGUGGGGGUCACUUCUUUUGGUUCGGGCUGCGCCCUGGAGGGUUUCCCCGAUGUCUACACCCGCACAUCGUUCUACAUGAAGUGGAUCGAAGACACAAUUGCCUCUCAUUGACUGGACU